AUGACUCAAUCUAAAAUUGCUCGAAAGAGCAUAUUAGUUUUGGUCGUUCUCUUCAUUGUUAUAUUGGUGGCUUCCUCAAAUACCGCAUCACCCGUUGAAAAUCAAUUUGAAAGUAGUCUCAUUUACAAACGUCAAAAUAAUGGUGAACAGAAACCCCCUGAACCAAAGCUACCGUUAAAAGUGCCGGAAACAAAGGAACCUGCCAAAGUCAAUGAAGAUGCAAAAGAUCCGAAACAACCAUCAGGUAAUCCAAAAAUCCCAAAUGAUUCUACUAAAACCCCACUAAAAGACAUUGAUGUCAAAAUUCCAAAAGAACAAACUGAAAAUGAUCCUAUUCCUAAAGGGCCCGAAAAUGUUGAUAAUCCAAAAAAUGAUAAUAAAAAACCCGAAAAUGAUAAUAAAAAACCAGAAAACGAUGAUAAUAAGAAACCCGAAAAUCCAAAAAAUGUUAAAACUCCUAAAAAUCCAAAGAAUGUUGAUAACCCUCCUAAAAAUCCUAAAGAUCCUAAAAAUCCUGAAAAUCCUAAAAAUGUUGACACUAAAAUUCCACCUUCUCCUACUGAAAAUGAACUUCCAAAACUUCCAGAAAAUGAUCCUAAAACACCAAAAGAAAAUCCUCCUAAUGAGAACCCUGCUAAGGAUCCUAAAGAACCUGCCAAGGAUCCACUUAAGGAACCCGUCAAUGAUCCCGCCAAGGAUCCCGCCGAAGUCAAAGAACCUGCCAAGGAUCCUGCUAAAGAACCCGUUAAGGAACCUGCCAAGGAACCGCUUAAGGAACCUGUCACGGAUCCCGCCAAGAACCCUGUUAAAGAGCCCGCUAAGGUUCCUGCCAAGAAUCCUACCAUCGAUCCAAAAGCUCCCAAAGAUCCUAUCACAAAAAACCCAAUUCAAGAACCUGCAAAAGAACCUGCAAAAGCACCUACCAAACCUGUAGAAGAACCACCAAAGGACAAAGAUACACCCGAAGUUUUUACUACAAUUACUGAGAUGCCAGCUGCUACUCCUCCACCAAAUUCACCAAAAAAUCCACAAUUAAACAAAGAAAAACCAAAACAAAUGAAAACUUUUACAACUUUUGUCUCUUCCACUUCGGUCAUACCAGCUACUAAGACUAGAAUAACCACUACAAAUGCUGCUGGCGAAGAAACUGUCAUGGAAUCUACCAUUCCUCCAAGAACCGUGGUUGUAGUGAAAGCUAUUGUCACAGCUACGCCUGUCUCAGCUGAACUUAUGGAGGAGUCUAGCGGAACGAUUUUGGAUAUUAAUAAAGGAUUAAGUUUUAUUUUUGGUAGUAUUAGUUCAUUAUUCAUGUUAAUAGCAUAG